AAAUCAUAAAUACCUAUAUACUCAAAAGGGAAACAUAUUUGUACAUAUUUACAUGAAAUACAUUUUUUCAUUGGAUAUAUAGUUUUAAAUACAAAAUGCCAGACGAGACCCAAGCGAAGGAUAAACCAAAGGUUAGCUUUAAGUUUCCCAUGCAUGGCACGCAUAUGAGGAAAUCCAUCGGCAUUCUGAGAAAAGCUUGCAUAUGGGCCUUGGUGGCACCGGUAGUUUUUUAUUUUCUACACAAUGUGCGGCGUAAAGAAAUAUAUAAGAGUUAUUAUUCCACUUAUGACCCCAUGGACGCAUUCGAUCGCAUGCAGCGUGCAGGAUAUCUGGACUCCUGUCCAGUUGAGGAUAAGAAAGAGAAGAAGGAUGGCAAGAAGGAUGAGAAGAAGAAAAAGUAACAAAAUUGUCAAUUCAAUAACUAUGUAUGCAGGCUCAUAAAUUGUCAAGUGGAUAUGCUUAUAUUUAUGUGCUUGCAUACAUAAUUAAUUGUAUUUAGUUUAAGCAGCAAUAAAUGAAGCACUCAGAGCCAUUAAAA